AUGGCAUCGACAUUCGAUUCCAAUUGGUCACUGCCAACAACUUUUUCAUUCAUACAGAAUUUCAAUCAAGUUGAAUCAUAUGAUGUAUCGAAAGCAACUAUUGAAUUGGGUUCAAGUUCUACAUCUAAUAAUGAUACUCACUAUAAUCCGAGGCUAUCUACAUGGUUCAAUAAUGAAUUUUAUUUUGAAAAACUUCAAUCUACACCUGAAUAUCAUCAGGACAAUGAAGUAGAGUCACAUACAACAAUGAAUAUGCCAAAUUUACUUGAAAAUUUUAUUGGCUCGAUUCAACCUUGUACUACUUGGUAUUCAGAUGAUAUGAAAAAUAUGAAAUCACAAGUGGCUAUCGUCUUAUGUAAACUUGAGUUACUCAAAAAAAUUCCUAUUAAUAACGAAGUGAUAAAAUCAAUAGAAAACGAUAGAUAUGAACACGAUGUAUACCAACCACUUGAUACAUAUACUUUUCCAAUACGAACAUUACAUGGAAAUAUACUUUUUGAUUUUUCGAAGCAGUCGAUUAACUACGAUAUUUAUAUACAGUUAAUGCAACUUGUACGUUUGUCAAAUUUAGAUAAAUUUAUUGAAAAAAUAUUUCAUAAAUCAGGAGAAUAUUAUCAUAUAGAUUACAAAGAACAUCGUCGAAAACAAUUUGAAAAAGAACAAAACACUCAUGAAAAUUUAUCAUAUCAUCAUGUUUAUCGAUUUAAUCAUGAUAUAACAAUUAAUCAUUAUGGUUCUCAUUCCGUUUUAUCAAAUUCAUCAAUUCAUAAUAAGUAUCAAAUAUCAAACAGUGAUGAAUUAAUAAAAUUACAUCAAACAGAUAAAAAUAGUUGUUGUAUAACGAUGGCUAAAAGUGUACAUUUUCGUGCGUCAAGUCAUUGUUUUGUACUUGAUGGUAUUGAUAUUUCAGCUCGUUUUCAACAUGAUCGCAAAAUUUUACAAGAUACUUGUCAACGCUUUCAUAGUUAUGUUAACAUCGAUUCAAAUACAAAACAAAAUGAAAAUAAUGACUUUCUACAAACUACAUCUGUAUCAGAUGAUCGUUCUUCACUCACACGAACUGAAAUCAAUCAAGUCACUUAUGAAAAUCUACAUUCUUCAAUGUUACAAUUAGAUGUUAAUUUAAAACAAACCAUUCAUUUUAUUUUCGUUUUAUGUACACAUAGAAUGAAAAAAAUCUAUCGAUUAUUAGAAUCAUUAUUGAAACCAUAUGUUUCACGAAAUAUUUCUAUUGUCUAUGUUACAUUUGAUGAGAUUAAAUCUUUCUUAAUUAAAUAUGAACAAAUAUCCCAUGAAAAUCUUCAGCAAGAUAUUUCACUAUCAAGUACAUUACAAAAUUCUCAUAACACUUCUUCAUCAACUAUGUCGACUAAAAAGAACAUAUUCAAACAACGUAAAAUUCUAUUUCAAAGAGUUAAUUUGAAAAAAGAAUUUAAUACUAAUGCAGACGUCAAUAAUGAAAAUAUAAAUAAUUCAAUAUCUGAGAAAGAUGUUUUCAAUCUAUCUCCGAAAACAGAUGAUGCGACGGAAAAAAUUGAUUUAUUUAAUGAAGAAUUUUUACUUGAUUAUCUGCGAAAAUCAUCACUCGUUCUCAUAUUUAUGAAACAUUUAGAUGAGACAUAUCUUAGUGCAUUUAUUCGAUGGUAUACUGAAAUUCUUAUCAAAUCUGAUGUACAUUCCAAUCAAUCAUUCACAUCUAGUUGGAAUAAAUCAAUUGAACAUUGUUGGCUUGUAACAAGUGAUUAUCAACGUGCACAAACAGUUUUUAGCAUUCCAAAAACAAACUUAUUUCUUUGGCCAACAGAAUAUAACAAUUUUGAUUAUACGUCAAUUAUUAUUUCAUCGAUUCUUAUUCUACCUAUUGCAUUAACUAUUAAUUAUGAAAUCUAUACGAUGUUUAUUGAUGGUAUGUCUAUUGUUGAUAAACAUUGUCAAGAAACAACAUUAGAUCAAAAUGUUUGUAUAAAAAUGGCACUUUUACGUAUAUGGUCGACUAUUUGUGAACGAAAAAAAACUGCAAUUAUUACUUGUGAUGAUCAACUUCAAUAUUUCAGUGAAUGUGUUAAAAUGUUAUCUGCUGAAUAUGAUCAUAUUUAUGAACACAAAAUGAAAACGAAAUUCGUAUCUAUUCAUGAAACGCCAUUAGAAAAAACUUUUCUUCAACAAACAUCAAAGGAUCAAAAUCAUUUCUCAUAUGAUCUAAUUACGAUUAAUGACGUUAUACAAAAUAUAAAUGUUGACAAUGAUCAAUCACCUUCGUUGACAAUUUAUUCGUUAAAAGAUAAACGAAAUGAUGCAAGCAACAACAAUCUAUCUGAUCAAAAAUUAUUGCUUAACCCUCAUUCAUCGGAAUUAUUAACUAUAUUGACAGAAUUUUAUGAAAAAGAAAAGGCAUUACAAGCAGAUAAAAUUUUGCAUCCACAUACUUUUAUUUUACUUGAUCAAUUCACACCAUUGACUUUAGGUAAUAUUACCGAGACUAAACAACAAUAUAGAUUGGCUCGGAAAAUUUUUCGAACAGAUUUAUGUUCAAAUUUUUGUUCAUUGUCAUAA